AGGGAACAAUUUUUUCUUAAUACCAAAUCUGACCCUGCCCUCUGUCAGUUUAAAACCAUUGCCCCUUGCCCUGACAGUAUCUGCUCUUGUAAAAAGUCCCUCUCCCUCCUUUUUAUAGAUCCCCUUAAGGUACAGGAAGGCUGAAAUGAGAUCUCCCCACAGAUUUCCCUUCUCUGGGCUGAGCAGCCCCAGCACUCUGAGCCUGUCUGCACAGGAGAGGUGCUCCAGCACUGCCUUGUGGCAGUCUGAGCAGCAGCUGCAGCCCAAGAGCUCCCUGUUAGGACAAGCAAAACCAAGUGAUUGAGAGAAACACUUCUUACCAGCAGCUCAAACAUCACAUACCUUUAAUAUUUUAGGGAUUGUGAAUUAUUAAAUGAUCUAGAUGAGAAUAGGUAGUACAUCAAGCAGUACUUUUUCCUAAUAGUUGACACUACAGUCUUGUUUUCUGUUAAAUUUUAUGUUGAAAGGCUGAUAUCAAACUGAUCUUGGUGGUUAACUGUUGGAGAAAAAGUAUUUUCUCAUGAUAGUGUUUGCUGGCAUAAUAAGGCUGAAACCAUUUAGCUCAAGGGCAAGGCUUGCUGACAGAGUUCAUAAAAGUAGGUGUGAUAGAGCACAUUAUCUCUCUCUCCAGACCUGUCCCCUCUGUGCUCUUAGAUUGCUGUGGCAGAGUAUCUGCACUGGAAGUUUAGCUGUGUGUUGUGAAAGGGACCUUUAAUAAUUUAUUAAAAAUGACAGAAAAAUAUCUUUGCAAAAUAGUAGAAUCAGUCUCAACAAAAUUAUAGCAUGUUUUAAAUUACAGUGAUUUUGCUAUAAUUUUUGCUGGAAUUAAUGUAAUUCCAAUUGCUGUUGGAAUUUAAAUUGAUUUAUGUAAAAUUCAAGUUAACUUGACAAAAUGAAACUUUUAAUACACAGUUGACUAACUGCAAGAAAUUUUUAUAAAAAUCAUUUGUUGUGACUGACAUUUUAGUUUAAGGAAGUUUUGCAUCCUUUCGAAAUGUCAUUUAGUCACAUGCUACAUGUUGUCUUUCCCAUAAGUUUAAAGGACGCUGGGUAUGGCUUACACAAUUUUUUUCAUCAGUUUCAUGGUGGUUUUAUUUCUCAGUUUUCAGAGAAGCACUUACACCGCUCUACAGAUAUGUUCUGAUUUUAGAAGGAUAAAUGCUUCCAAUACUUUUCUGAAAAAGUUGCAGUUGCUGUCUUCUUCUGUCAAGGAAUAUCAAAUGUCUCUUUUUCCUUCCUAGCUGCCCAGCUGAGCGACUGGAAGUGCUGGCGUGCCUGACACAGCUGCGGCCGCAGCACGUGGAGGUGAUGAAGGUUUUUAAUGAUCCUAUUCAUGGGCACAUUGAAUUUCAUCCCCUGCUUAUUCAGAUCAUCGACACCCCUCAGUUCCAGCGCCUCCGGUACAUCAAGCAGUUGGGUGGCACGUACUUUGUUUUUCCAGGAGCCUCUCACAACCGCUUUGAACACUCCCUGGGGGUUGGCUACCUUGCAGGAUGUCUGGUUCGUACACUGAAGGAGAGACAACCAGACCUGGAUAUAACCCAGCGAGACAUCCUCUGUGUAGAAAUUGCUGGGCUUUGUCAUGAUUUGGGUCAUGGGCCAUUUUCACACAUGUUUGAUGGAAGAUUUAUUCCACUCACUCGUCCAGAUUUGCAGUGGAAGCAUGAAACUGCUUCUGUUCAAAUGUUUGAGCACUUGAUCACUUCCAAUAAACUAGAAGAAGUCAUGAAGUCACAUGGUCUUGUUCUGGAGGAAGAUAUGUUGUUCAUCAAGGAACAGAUAGGAGGGCCUAUAGAUGAAACUGCUUGUGUGAAAUCGUGGCCCUACCGUGGUCGUCCAAAGGAGAAAAGUUUCCUCUACGAGAUUGUAGCUAAUAAAAAAAAUGGCAUUGAUGUUGACAAGUGGGAUUAUUUUGCAAGGGAUUGCCACCACCUGGGAAUCCCAAAUAAUUUUGACUAUAAGCGAUUGCUUAUCUUCACUCGGGUCUGUGAAGUGAAAAACCAGAAGCACAUCUGUACUCGUGACAAGGAAGUUGGAAAUUUGUAUGAGAUGUUCCACACCCGGAACUGCCUGCACCGGAGAGCAUACCAGCAUAAGACUGGCAACAUCAUUGAAAUAAUGAUAACAGAAGCUUUUCAAAAAGCGGACAAAUUUUUUGAAAUAAGAGGCUCUGGAGGAAAAGUGUAUCGGAUUUCUACAGCAAUGGAGGACAUGGAAGCCUACACUAAACUAACUGACUGUAUCUACCUGGACAUUCUUAACUCAAGUCAUCCAGAACUGGAAGAGGCACGAGAAAUUUUGCGUAAAAUAGAACGACGUAAAUUAUACAAGUUUUUAGGAGAGACUCGACCUGAAUCAAAGAUGGAAAUUGUAAAGAGUAAUAGCCUGGCAGAAAGCAUUGCUAAUUGCAAGCCACAGAAGGACCCUCCAGAUGUGGAGCUAAAGGCUGAGAAUUUCAUAGUUGAUGUUAUCAGCAUGGAUUAUGGAAUGAAGGAACAGAAUCCAAUUGAUAAGGUUCACUUCUAUUGCAAGGCCGAUCCUUCCAAGGCAGUCAAAAUCAGUAAAGAACAGGUUUCAAAGCUUUUACCCAUAAUAUUUAUGGAGCAGGUUGUCCGGGUUUAUUACAAAAGUCAGGAUCAACGUAUUAUUUCAGCUGCAAAACAGUACUUUGUUCAGUGGUGUAUGGAGAAUAAUUUCACCAAACCACAGGAUGGUGAUGUUGUCGCUCCUCAUCUAACUCCAAUGAAGGAAACCUGGAAUAAUGUGACAGAUGAUGAACACAGGAGAGCCUCAGAGCCCAGCUGCAAACAAAGGCUUUCUUUUGAUGAGUAACAGGUUUCUUUUUGGCACUAUUCAGUCUGCUUCCUCAGAAGAUGAAUAAAUUUGAGCAUCAACUCUUCUAAAAACUGGACAGACUGGAAGAAUUCACAGAACAAUGCAGAAUGCAUUUUAUAAUACAGAAUGUUUUAAUGUAGAUACUUAAAGUGUAUAUUCCAGGUGGACUUCUGAAAAACAACUUAUUACAACAGAGUAAACUAAGUUCUCAUUUAUUUUUGAAUGUACUGGCACUGUGUAGCAAGAGUAACUUUAAAAAUUGCAAUUAAUUGUUAUUACAGGAUUUUACUAUUCCAUCAAGUCCUGAUCCCUUCCUCAGCUGUGCUAUUGCAUAACUUAGAAAAAAAAAAUCCCAGCCCAGGUUUGAUGGGUUUUUUUGGAGGCUUGGGGUUUUCUUAGUGUCUGAGGAAGAAAGGGAUAAGUAUGCUUCUGAAAAUACAGUGGGGUAAAGAAGAAAUUACCAAGUGUGGCAUCUUCAAAAUUAGCAAAAUUAAUUUCAUGGGGAAAAAAAAAAAAAAGGAAGGGAGAGGGGAAUCUUUUGAUAAUCAAAGAUUAUUUUUCUGGUAUUCAAAAAGCUGGUGCAGGCCUCUUGCUACAAGUGACCUCAAUUUUUAUUGAAGUAACAAUGCAUUGCAGUGCCAUGCAGCCUUUUAUUGUUUUAUUGUGGAUUUUUGAUACAUAGAAUAUUACAUUUUUUGCUGUCUGUCCUGCAAAGACUGCUCAAAAGCGCAGUGGUGUGAGUGGUUGCAGGAAGGCUGAGCUGCCCAGGUGUUUGGCAGGCUCAGGUGUGCAGAGAGGGCAGAGCCAGCAGGGUUCUGCCCUCUCUGCCCAUCCUGCACCAAGUGCACCUUGGCUCUGCUCUGCACUGUAAUGGACAGACAGGCUCAUCAGGAACCCCUCCAUUCUCAUAUCCCCGUCCUGUUCUGGAUCUCAUGGCCAUCCCUGUAUCAUUUUUCUGUCUCUUGCAGAUGUGUGAGGGUUCUUACAGUUUUCCUGUACUGGUGUGAGUGUUCUGAAUGUCUGUGCUGUUGAACAGGUGAUCGAGGAAGACCAUUUUCCUCUCAUCUUUUAUUCAGGUCUAAGAGGAAGGCUGCUUUCAUUAAAUAAAACCUCAAAGCUUGAAAAACUCUGACCACAAAACUAAAAAUACAAAGUAAAAGGUUCAGUAAUGCUCAGGAAUUUGAGCCAUCUGUGAUCUUUAUAUCUGGAAGGGGGAGAGAGGUGUUGAGCAUCUGGCUCAGGCAGUCAGAUGUGGGUGGCCAGAGUAGGUAGUGAAAAAUAACCCAGUGGGAAGUUGCUGUGAGAAAACUCCAGAACUCCUGCCAUGUCUCCUUAGCCCUUUUUAUCCUGGGAACUGAUGCUGUUAGACAGAGGGAGGGAAAAUGAGUAAAAAACUCCAUGUACUUCUGCUGCUUAUGUAUCUGCUCAUGUGUCUGAAGGUGUAACCUCUGGUGUUCCUGUCUAAUGGUAUUUCAAAGCAGGUAACUGGUUAGAAGGGUUUGUGACCUCUUUAAAAGCUUUUAAAAAACUUACUUUUCCUUGUGAAACAAUCUCUUAGAGGGAAGUCAUUUAUCUCCCUUAUCUGCCUUGAAAUCAAGUUUUGUUCUUGUUGAUUUGGUUUGUUUUUAAUUUGUUACUAACUGCACUUUAUACUCAGGAAAGAUCUUUUUCUUAUGUUAAACCAAAAGUUUAUACUUAAUGUUAGAUUCUGAGAGCAUUUCUUAACAUGUUCAUCCUCUCUGAAGAGUAAAUUUAUAAACUAUGAUUUUACUAUUCUUUUAAAAAA